ACUUUGGAACCGCGGAGAUGUAGUGUGACCAUUCUAUUCAUCAUGAUGUAGGACACACAUGAUUGAACAUGACACCAACAGAACAUUUAAUGUUUCUGUGAAUAUUUCGAUUUCCAAUUCCAAAUGUUGAGCCGCAGCUGCAGCAUUGCGGGCUCCUGGAAACUGCACGUUUUGUAGAUGUUCCAUUGCUAGAUUGCCUUUGCUACUGAUGUAAUUAUACUUUGAUCUAGAACAGCUAAAACGAAAUUUCGUGAAACGGAACGAGAGAAAUCUAGACGACGCGAACGAGAGCAGCAUCAAGGACUAAGUUGUACUACUGCAACUACUAGGAUUCGUUUAAGAAAACCGGUCAUUGUGGUUCAUUCAUCAAGUUGAGCGGAAGAAUCAAGAAAACAGGACGAGGAAUCGGAUCUGCGGCAUGCUGAGUGAGACUGAAAAGCAAUAGCAAAAUGGCGCAAAGGUGCACGUCGAGAGAGUAUUUCAAAGCAAGAGCGACGACAUCAACAAAAAUCAAUCAAUGAAACCCGCAUUAUGUCACCAUCUCUCAUUGUCAUCGGCUGUCUGUAUAGAUGCUAAGAUCUGGUAGGAAAUUGAAUGAAACAGGUAUCCGUCGUUGAUUUGAGGUCCUUCUGUUUCUUCUGCUGUCGGAAAAAUAUUCCUUUGCGAUACGUCUAGGUCCACAACGCUUUCCGCGUAACAUCAGUCCGGGUGAACAAGAAAAUGAGCCCUGCGGUACCGGGUGAGGGACGCGCCGCGACCACACUGCUAGAGAAUGAGAACAGUGGUGAUGAGAAGUUGUGUGGCGGAAAAGGUGAGACCGCCGCUAAGGCGAGCUUGCCGGAGGAGAGUUGCGACAGUGUUUUGCCGCAGGAGACUAAGUACUUGAAGCCCGUGAAAGACGACGCUGAAGUUUAUGAGACUGAGAUCGAUUUAAAUUUAUGUAACUUGUCACUGUGCAAUGCCAAUCCGCCUGCUACAUCGCCCACAGAAUUUUCGUCACGUUGACAGCACGCACACACUCACUUGCAUACUAGAUGUGAAAUGAAAUCCAGUCGUGCAGCUUUUGCUCGUCUAAAACAAGCAUCCUGAUGGACUGAGCUUGGAAGAGCUUCGCCGAGCUCUGCCUGCACACGUUUUCAAGAAGGACCUUUUUCGCAGCAUUCGCUGGAUGCUCUUGGACCUGGCAGUCAUGUUUAUCACGCUUUCCGCUUUGAAGGUUAAGGCCAUGAAGAGAGCGAACUCGUAUUUGAUGAAUUCAGUAAGCCAAUCAUCCGCUUGAAAUGUUUGGAAAAGGCUAGAAGAACUUCUUACGAAUUCAUUGUUCCUACGUGGCGGCAUUCUUGUAUUCAGUUUGUGUUCGGGGCAAGAGUAAAACUCUAGUUCUCAACUUUAUCUAAGACAAGCUUGUACCGGGAGAACGACGCGCUGGCGCAGUUUCGUGCGCAUGGAGCCAUUGGACAGGCCUCUGCACGAGUUUACAGCGAGGCAAGCCGUGUCGCAUCUCCGGUUUUUGGCAAGAAAGGUGAGACGUUGACAAAAAGCCUUCUUGGUCUUCGGGAUGAAAGCCUUGUCGAAGAGGCACCUGUGUCGAGUGAUCCCGGUGUUACACAGAGGAAUGCCGCGAGUCCCAAUGUGUUGAUUGGGACGCUCCAUGAUCUCCAAGGAUUCUGCGCGGCCGAUGCGGAUCAUCCCUGGGGCGCUCGCGGAAGUGGACCAACCACGCCACUGGAUGCCGUCGACGCUUAUUUGCAGAAAAAUAUGUCGGGGAUGAAUGCUUCCAUCACUACAUCAGAGACGGGGGCUCCUUCCUCCCUCGCUGAACGCUUGAGCAGGUGCGCGCUCUAUGUUGUGUUGUACACGAUCUGUGGAUUCUUUAUGUGGGCGAACUUUGUUGUCGGCCACGACUGCGGACACGGAUCUUUCAGCGAAUCCACAUCACUCAACUUUCUCUUUGGUCUCUUGACGCAUGGCGCAAUCCUUGUUCCCUUUCAGUCAUGGGCACGCUCUCAUCGCAAGCAUCAUCUCAACCACAACCACUUUGAGAAGGUGCGCUUUAUUUAGUUUUACAGGAGUCCACUGGUACUGCCUACGUGUCUAGUGGCGCAACUUACUAUAUUUCUGAAAGGAGCUUGUGACCAUGAAAACGGAUUCGUAGUUGUUCGAAUGAGCAUUGAAAGGAAUAGAGAAUGCAUCCGUUUCGAGUAAGAAAUUCAGUUUCAAUUUCUUGUCCUUCAUCUUUUGAAAAUUUAGGACUACUCGUUCCCGUGGUCGCAUGAUCCGAAGUUUGACCGGGAAGGCUGCCUCGCUGCUUUGGAGAAGUAUCCCGCGAUCCCAGCGACUUUGUACCCCAUCUUUGGAUAUGCCUUCUACCUGAUCUGGCCGCAAGGGUAUGGCGGUGUCGACGGAACCCACUUCUUCUUAAGACGAUCUGGUUCGAGGUAUAUCACCAUCUGGUCCACUGUGAGGUAUACAUCUGUAUCUAUUACAAUCUGGCGUGAUCUGUAGGCUACCGCUUUGUGUUUCCUAGAAGAUAGAACCACGAUAUUACUUAUCUCGUUGCUUGUUGAGGUAACUAUUCUGUUCCCGAGAGAGUGAAGCUUUAAUGGGGAAAUAUAGUCAUUUGCUUGAAGGGGAAACGAAACUAAUGGGAAAGAUUACAGCGAUAACUGACUCAUCCACGGAUAGUUACUGAUCGCCUAGCGCUAAUUUUACCGAAGAUGUUCAAAGGAUGCCGACUCUGGGAUGACAUCUCGAACGAUGAACUCAUCAAAUGCUGGAUCUCUGUGGCGGUCGUUUUUGGGUAUUAAGUAGUGUUUUUUUUAUACUACAAUUACAUCGAGUCUCUUGUGGAAUGCCGUCGCUUGUAUAUUACGAUUAUGAUGAAGUAGCUCUCCAUUGGAGGCACUACUUCUUUGGAUGGCUCCAUGAGUAGGCCUCUUGCCGGUUUCUCGUCCAAUAGUUAAAUAUUACGAGCGUGUAGACAGUAGGACAACAAAAAGAAAUAGCUACUCAAAAGGUACCAUGACAUGACAUGACUGGACGCAGACCGAUCGUUACAAGACAACAACUACAAGAUAUUUUAGAUACAGCACACCAUGAGAUGCGCAUGAAUCAAUUACCAUGACUCCACCUCACCACUUGAUGACCAGGUAUCUGUAUUUGUUUUUCACUUCGUUUUUCGAUGGUCCGACGGAGUUUGCCGUUCUAUACCUGCCGAGCUGGUUUGUGCUGUGCUUCAACUUGUACACCGUGACGUUUCUGCAGCAUCACGCUCCGGAAACUAAAAUCUACGAUGACACGACGUGGAAGUACUCUACUGCAGCCUUCGAGACCGUGGAUCGCACCUAUGGCUCAGUCGUCGACUUGUUCCAUCACCACAUCUCGGAUUGCCACGUCAUCCACCACAUCUUCUUUACCAAGAUUCCGCACUACAACCUACCUGACGCCACGGAAGCUCUCAAGAAACACCUCGAAAACAAAAACCUGGGGUACUGACUGACUCUGAUCAUGUCCUUUCUUUUCUUGGAAAUAGAACAAACACGUGUGAAGAAGUACUAGAAGUUGAAGUUCUAUCUUAAGAAUAUCAACCAUAAGAAAUCUAAAUUCCAAAAUAUACAUAAUUGAUCCGCACUCUUCCUAGUGGAUGCGAAGUUGCAGGUAGGCACUCAUGUCUCUGAAUCAAUUGCAUAUGAAUCACAUACACAUCUUCUCAUAACCAAAUCAGGCACCUUUACCAGUUCGAGAAGACACGAGACUUCUUCAUCCGCGUUUUUGUCUACUCGUACAAGUUUUCAACGCGUGCCAAGCUGGUGACGAAGGAUUCGAAGUUUUUCUAAAGAGCGCUGGCAACAACUAUUUUCCGGAAUAUGCAUGAUGAAAAUGGGAAGUCAAGGCAUUUCUGCGAUUCGGCAGUGAUACGAUAAAGUUCUCCUAUGCUAAGGUGUUGUUGAGAGCGAAAAUGCAAAAUUGAUGAUUAAGUUAUUCUAGUUUAGCUGGUUUCGUUCUGUUGUAACUACGUUAACAUUUCUGACAUGAAUUUUGUUUUUCCAUAUCCUGACUAAGACUAUAUGUAUCAAUGAGGAAGAAAAUGAAAACUAACAUGCACAUAAGAAAGCCUAUCUUCACUAUAUCUUCGGAGAAGCUCGUUUUGAUCCAUACUACCUUGGAGAAAUAAGCAUUUGCAUUCUAUUCAGAUUCUUAAUAUUUUUCCAUGAAAUUUAUUUCCACAAUUAUAUGAUUCAUGGUUUGCCUUUUAUCUUUUGACUUUGAUAUCGAUGAGCAUUGUAUGUUGCUAAUGUUUCCAUGGUAAUCUCUUGCAAUGUGUAUCACAGUUUGCAAACGAAAGCGGUCUUCAUGUCCCAAGAAUUUGCUGAGGCUGUAUUUUCACUUUGAGUCAGUUCAUGAGUAAAAGAAGUAGUUUGAUGAUUGAAGUAAUGUACCAGUAGGUGGAUGGGGGUUCGACUAUGUCAGUCAUUUUUUUUAUCUGUAGAAGUAGACGUAUCCCUUAGUUCAUGAUCCAUACAGGGAGUUAUUGGCUGAUAUAUUUUUUAACGAGUUGGUGAAAUAGUACAGCCAGAAAUAGUACAACUGCCUCGCGUGUACAGUUUAUAAAAUUUUGAGAGGUGAAUGUGAAUGAACAACAUAUACAAGGUAGCACUAGUAGCCUAAUCUCAGGGGUUGUGUGUAGUGACUUCGUUGCCAGAGGUUGGAUUCAAACCCCGAGUGGAAGCACGCCUCCAAAGAUGGAUUUCCAGCAGAAUUAGGACAACGCCUAAGAAGAGGAAACCAGGCUGUGCAAAUUUUUCCAGAAAUCCAAAUCUCCAAGACGGUGUUCUUUGAUCCACUUCUUGGACU